AUGGGUCACACAGUCCAACUACAAUGGUCCUUCAACCCUCCUGCAGGACGUCAGAUCUCCCUAGCUGAUAUUAUCCUACCUAGGAUAUUAGAAAGUUACAGUUUACACACACCUGCAAGAUCAACUAUUCAAUUCCGUACUUACAGAUCUACCUUUCCCUCACCCUCUUCUUCAACUUCUACUAUCGACACAAGUUCUAUCAAAACCACUUCGAGGUAUUUGACCACAAUCACCACUUUACCUAAUCCUCUUCCACCAGGGAUAAAUCCGAAUAUACCACAGGAUGAUAACAGGAAAGAAGAGGAUAUAACGUAUUUGUUCUUAGAUGAUCGUUCUGUGGUCGUACCACCACCGCAGCCGCAGAUACAGACGAGUGUCAAUGGGACUGAUCAGAAUACUAAUCAGGCCAAUGGAUCUACUACAACUCCUCACCAAACAUCACAAUCACAAUCACAAUCACAGCAAAUAGAUAUAGAUAAAGAUACGUUAGAUGAAGAUGGAUUCGAGAUCAUAGAUAUGCCCAAAGACAAACCGUCGAACUCGAACACCAACGGGAAUACAAAUAUCCCUAUACCUCCAGGAAGUAACGAUGCGCCUCAAAUGCAAAGUGUACCAGAAAAAGAGUCACAGCAAGGACACAAAGAAUCGAGUAGGUUCAAAUGUCUAAUAGUGAGACCUACAUCAAACGUUCAACCGAUGUUACAAUCACUCCUAAGUCCUUUCGUAUUAGGUUAUACCAAAUCUGCUAAAGCUGCAGCAUCAACAACUUCCUCGCCUUUACCUACUCCCACACCUCUACCAGGUACAUCCCUCUUGUUGACAGUAUUGACUUUCAACCCUUACUCCGACGAUGGAUCAUCUGGAUAUACAUUGAGAUUAAAGGUAUUCAUCUUACCUAAUCCGAAUGCAACUUCGAUAUUCCUACAAGUGGAAUAUAACGACACAUCUGACUUGGACUCAAAUGAAAUUGAGAACCAGAAUCGAGAACAGAUAUGUAAGACAUUCUUGGCAGGUUGUCUAAUAGAUGGUUUGAACGAUCAUAGGAAAUGGGUCAGCAUAUAUAAAAGCAUAGAUGCACCGGAUGAAUUGCAGAGGAAUAAACAGAGUAUAUUCACUUUGACUAGGUCUCUAAGGGAAAGUGGUUUCAUAUGA